AUGGAGGAGAAUCCAUGGGGGAAUUGCUCUUACGAUUUGGAAAUGGAUCAUGAAGUCACAGAAAGUUUGUGUGACACCAACAACAUAUUUGAGGAAGAGUUCCUAAGAGAUAUCUUCCCUCAGACACCACAAGAUCUAUUCCCGAGUCUUCCUAUUGCCAACAACAACUCAUCCAUCAAUGUCGUCUCUCCUUCAACUGAUCAACAUGUUGCAGAAAUGCCAUCAUCUUGUAUUCUUUCUUUUGACAAAUCCACUGUAUUGUUGCCACCAACUCAACAACGUAAUAAUGACCCUUUGAAACAUUCGAGGAAUCGUCGAAGAAGCCCUACUGCGUCACUUGAUCACAUAAUGGCCGAGAGAAAAAGGCGAAAGGAAAUUACAAUGAAGUUUAUAGAACUUUCAGCCCUUUUACCUGGAUUGAAGAAGACGGAUAAGGGUUACGUACUAAGAGAAGCUAUCAAUCACGUGAAACAACUUGAAGAACGUGUGAAAGAAUUAGAACAAGACAUCAAGAAGAGAGAUAUGGAAUCUGUUACCAACGAUGUUGCAAUAGGCGAAAAGAACAGCGAAGAAUCUUAUGAGUGCAACCAAUCACUUCCACAAGUUGAAGCAAUAGUCCUAGGGAAGGAAGUGUUGAUUAGGGUUCAUUGUGUGAGGCAAAAAGGGAUUGUGGUUGAUAUAAUGUCUCAGCUUCAACUUCAUCAUCUCUCCAUAACUAGUUCCAAUAUCUUGCCAUUUAGAAAUACUCUUGGCAUCAAUAUUGUUGCUCAGAUGGAUGAUGAUUGCAACUUGAUAGUGAAAGCUCUAGUGAAAAAACUAAGAUUAGUGGCUACGUUGCAGACAUGUGAUGAUGUGCAACCGUGA